AUGGCGGGAUUUUUUUGGACUGAUGUAGGCUUGAAUUUUUGGCAUGCAAUUCCUUUAUCACAACAGUUGCAGUAUUACAAAGAGUACCAGGCUAAGCUCGCAAAGGUAGCAGGUAGUGCAAAGGCGGCUUCCAUCAUCAAGGAUGCAUUAUAUUUACUGAGUGCAGGUAGCAGUGACUUUGUGCAGAGCUACUAUGUCAAUCCUCUGCUCUACCAAGUCUUCACUCCUGAUCAGUACUCUUCCUAUCUCGUCGGCAUAUUUUCAAGCUUUGUCAAGGACUUGUAUGGCUUGGGAGCAAGGAGAAUUGGGGUGACAUCUCUCCCACCACUUGGGUGCCUUCCUGCAGCCAUCACUUUAUUUGGGUUUCACCAGCCAGGGUGUGUCUCUAGGUUAAACACUGAUGCCCAAGGCUUCAACAAGAAGAUCAACUCAGCUGCAACUCAACUCCAAAAGCAACUUCCUGGCCUCAAAAUUGCUGUUUUUGACAUUUUCAAGCCACUUUACGACGUUGUUCGAGCUCCUUCAAAUUAUGGUUUUGCGGAAGCAGGGAGAGGCUGCUGUGGAACAGGGACCGUCGAGACAACAUCACUCUUGUGCAAUCCUAAAUCAGCAGGAACUUGUAACAAUGCAACUCAGUAUGUGUUCUGGGACAGUGUUCAUCCAUCUCAGGCUGCUAAUCAGGUUCUGGCUGAUGCAUUGAUAAUCCAGGGCAUCAACCUUAUAGCAUGAGGCUCUAUUUUCAUGACAAAAUUCUGUACAAUGUUAAAGCUGUGUAUGCUUUCUGCUCUUGUAUUUCUAUUGAGACUCAAAGGCUUGUCCCGUAUUAUUUAAUCUAUG